AUGUUUGACUUCGAAGACCCAUUGAUGGACAAAGAGAAAUGCCUUAUAUCAAUCGGAAAUUUGCCUGUAUUUGUUGAUCCUACUCAGCCGCCCCAGAAGAGGGCGCCUUUUUCUGCUAUACUUGGCCAUGUGUUCAAUCACAAGGUUGAGUUAAUACUUCCACGACAUGUACACGAGGCAGCCUGGAGCUCAAUUUUGGGAGAAGUUAAGCCAUAUCAAUAUGCGCGAGCUAUCUUUCCAUUAUCGGGCUUGCUAGAAGGGGAAUUUUUCACGAAAUAUAUCAAGAUUGGAAAUGUCCUUAUGAUAUCAGAAGGAAGAAGAGGCAUAGACAAUGUUUACACUCUCAAAGAUGUAGGUGUCUCCCUAAUAGACGAUCUCGAUCUAUAUAUUAAUCUAACUGGAAAUAUAGUGGUGGAAAUAAAUCUCCGGCCCUCAUCAAUGUUACAUGGCAAGAAAGGGUUUGAACGGAUCGCAUGGGCGUUUAAGAAUGUUUUAAACAACUCUGUAACGUGGCUGUUUACUGAUUUAUCUAAAUCCCCAAGUUUAACGGAUGAGGAUGCCCCUAUCAAAAAGUAUCACCCACAAAUUAUUACACUCUCGCCAGCAGAAAUCAUGAUGGAAAAAGUUCUUGUACCACCCUUCGGUUCAGAGUCUCUCCUUCCGACAGAAGACAGAGAUGCUCUCUGUGGGACCUGUGACGAGUUACAGGAGUGGUUGGGCCUAGCGUCCUUGGGAUCAGACCGGAUUUUGGCAAGUGACUCAAUCGAUCCAUAUCUAAGCCGAUAUCAAGUUCCGCAGAAAGAGGAAUGUAAGAUAACAGAUCUAGUUAAGAUCACAUGGAGAGGUUUAAUACCAUCCAGCUGGGUUAUGAUGUUACUUUUAUCAGUAUUACGGAAAUGUGGCUCAAAGUCUACAAGUGCUGGCCACUGGUUUGGGCUACUUGUCUCAGCAAUGGGGAAGGAUGCAGUGGAUGGGAAGGAUGGCUACUCUGUCGUGGCAUUACCUUUUAGCAGUGCUAAGCAAGAGGAAAAUGUCGAUUCUAAGGAAGAAGAGCCCUCUCCUAGACGGAAAUAUAUCUGCUGGGAAUACGUUGGUGGCAAUGUUGCAAGCUUUUGA